CGAUGUGGUAUCCAUUUUGCAAUCUCCAAAGUCGAAGAUGGCGAGACCUUACUUUGGUUUGAGAGGCCACAGCCUUAUUAGGUUUAUGAUCAUAACUGUUGUUUUGCCUGCUUAUUGUCUUUUGGGUUACAACAAUGCUGUGUUUGGUGGUCUUUUGAGUCUGGAGUCUUUUGUUGAGCAGUUUCCUUAUAUUGAUACGGUCCACACGACGGGUUCUGUGGAGUCUGAAAAUGCUCGUGUUCAAGGAACUGUGGUAGCGCUCUAUACCGUGGGCUGCAUGUUUGGAGCUCUUUCUUGCUUCUCCCUCGGCGACAAGCUCGGACGCCUACGCACAAUAGCACUUGGCUGCAUCCUCGAGAUUAUCGGCUCCAUUCUCCUCUGCUCCUCUUUCUCCCUGGCUCAAGUCAUAGUCGGCCGUCUCGUACUCGGUCUGGGCUUUGGAGCCAUUACCGCAACGGUCCCUGUAUGGCAAUCAGAAUCCUCUCCAGCCGAGCACCGCGGCGCUCUGGUCGUUCUCGAGGGCGUGUUUGCCAGUGCUGGAUUGGCAUCGAGUCAAUGGAUUGAUUUGGGAUUGUUCUUUGCGAAGAGUUCCGUAUCGUGGAGAUUUCCACUUGCAUUCCCCAUUGUGUUUGCGAGUGUAAUACUUGCGUUCCUACCAUUCCUGCCAGAUAGUCCCAGGUGGUUGGUCAAGCAUGGACGGAUUCAGGAAGCCAGAACCGUGAUGGCCAUUUUGGAAGAUACGAGUGAGGACUCGCCAGUAGUCGAGAACGACAUUGCGAAGAUGAAGCAUUCUCUAGAAGAGAUGGGAAAAGGGAGUUUCCGUGGACUACUCUCAAACAAAGAGGAUAGAUUACUCAACCGGACGCUGGUUGCCAUGUUCAGCACGUUCUCGCAGCAAAUCAACGGAAUCGGUGUCAUUGGCUUCUACACUGCGACAAUCUUCGAGGAAUUUGUCGGUGUCUCGCAGAUCGUUGCCAGAGUCCUCAGUGGAUCGAUCUAUAUCUUCCAACUUCUCUGCUGCUUCGUUGCUUUUGGGACAAUCGAAUGUAUUGGACGACGGAAGUUGAUGAUGUUCGGUGUGACUGGGAUGGGCAUUUGUUCUGCUAUCGUUGCUGGAACAGUUUCUCGAGCAGACACCAAUAAAGCUUGCUCAAUCGUUGCAGCAAUCUGUGUCUUCUUGUUUGCUCUGUUCUUCGGCAUCGGAGCUCUUGGUAUCAAUUAUUUGUAUGGAACUGAAGUGGCGCCGUUGGCAUAUCGAGUGCCAAUAUAUGCUCUGACGACUACGACUCUGUGGUCCUUUAACUUCUUGGUAGUGGAAGUUACACCUGUGGCGUUCUCUAAUAUUGGAUAUAAAUACUUCAUUGUGUUCGCAUGCACGAAUCUGUGCUUGUUGCUGCCGAUCAUAUACUUCUUCCUUCCUGAAACUCAGAGACAUUCUUUGGAAGAUAUGGAUACCAUCUUCCGCACGUCCAAGAACCCCUUCGACGUAGUGAAAGUAUCACGGGCGAUAGCGGAGGGCCGACUCAGAGCAGACGCUGUUCACGCAGCAACUACGGCUCAUGGUGUUCGUGGCAGUGAUGAUGAGAAAGUUCAAGUUCAGUCAUUGGAGAAUGUGUGA